AUGCACCUUCCCGCCUUCCUCGCCGAUCAGCGCCGCCUCCGCCGCGUGCUCUCCUCCUCUCGCACCACGGUCGCGACGCUCACCCGCCUACACGCGCUCCUCGUCGUUUCCUCCUCCCAGCACCUCCUCUCCUCGCUCGCCGCCGCCUACGCCCGCGCCGGCGCGCUCGACGCUGCGGAGUCCACGCUCGCCGCCUCCCCCUCCUCCUCCCCUUCCUGCAUAGCCGCCUGGAACGCGCUCCUCUCCGGGCACUCCCGCGCCGGCGCACCCGGCGCCGCGCUCCGCGUCUUUCGCGCGCUCCCUCCCUCCGCGCGGCCCGACAGCACCACCUUCACGCUCGCGCUCACCGCGUGCGCGCGCCUCGGGGACCUCGACGCCGCCGAGGCCGUCAGGCUCCGCGCAUUCGCGGCCGGGUAUGGUCGCGACGUGUUCGUCUGCUCGGCGCUGCUCCACGUCUACUCGAGAUGCGGCGCCAUGGGAGACGCCAUCAGGGUGUUCGAUGGGAUGCCUAGGAAGGACCGCGUCGCUUGGAGUACGAUGGUUGCUGGGUUCGUGAGCGCUGGGAGGUCGGUGGAGGCGCUUGGGAUGUACAGUAGGAUGAGGGAGCAUGGCGUGGUGGAGGAUGAGGUGGUCAUGGUUGGGGUUAUACAGGCAUGCACGUCAACUGGGAACAUCCGAAUGGGGGCCUCUGUUCAUGGCCAUCUCUUGCGGCAUGGUAUGAGGAUGGAUGUUGUUACUGCCACAAGCCUUGUGGACAUGUAUGCCAAGAACGGGCAUUUUGAUGUGGCACGCCAAGUGUUUAGAAUGAUGCCGUACAGGAAUGCUGUCUCAUGGAGCGCGCUGAUUUCUGGGUUUGCACAGAAUGGCCGUGCAGAUGAGGCACUUGAUUUGUUCAGAGGGAUCUCGACUUCAGGGCUUCAGCCUGAUUCAGGGGCACUUGUUAGUGCACUGCUUGCUUGCGCUGGUGUGGGGUUCCUGAAGCUAGGGAAGUCGAUACAUGGUUUCAUCUUGAGGAGGCUUAAGUUUCAAUGUAUUUUGGGUACAGCUGUCCUUGACAUGUACUCCAAAUGCGGCUCCCUGGAAAGUGCCCGAAAGCUUUUCAAUGAGCUUCCCUCAAGAGACUUGGUUUUGUGGAAUGCGAUGAUUGCAUGCUGUGGCACUCAUGGAUGUGGUCAUGAUGCCCUUGCUCUGUUCCAAGAACUGAACGAAACCGGAAUAAAGCCUAGUCAUGCAACAUUUGCUUCUCUUUUGUCGGCUCUGAGCCACUCUGGUCUUGUGGAGGAAGGGAAAUUCUGGUUUGAUCGCAUGAUUAAGGAGUUUGGAAUUGAACCUGCAGAAAAGCACUAUGUAUGUAUAGUUGAUCUCUUAGCACGUUCUGGUCUUGUGGAAGAAGCCAAUGAAAUGCUUGCAUCAAUGCAAACUGAACCGACCAUUGCAAUUUGGGUCGCUCUGCUUUCAGGUUGCUUGAAUAAUAAGAAGCUAGAGCUUGGGGAAACCAUAGCGAAAAAGAUCCUUGAGUCGCAACCUGAAGACAUUGGUGUCCUUGCACUGGUAUCGAAUCUCUAUGCUGCUGCAAAGAAGUGGGACAAGGUCAGGGAAAUCAGAAAGAUAAUGAAGGAUAGUGGCAGCAAGAAAGUGCCUGGCUACAGCUUGAUAGAGGUCCAUGGAACACGUCACGCAUUUGUGAUGGAAGACCAGAGCCACCCUCAGCAUCAGGAGAUCCUGAAAAUGGUCUCAAAGCUCAGUUCUGAGAUGAGGAAGAUGGGCUAUGUUCCAAGAACAGAGUUUGUGUACCACGACCUGGAUGAAGACGUGAAAGAGCAGCUUCUCAGCUACCACAGUGAGAGGCUGGCCAUCGCCUUUGGUUUGCUGAACACCAGCCCUGGAACGAGACUCGUGAUCAUCAAGAACCUCAGGGUCUGCGGUGAUUGCCAUGAUGCCAUCAAAUAUAUCUCGAAGAUUGUGGAUAGAGAGAUUGUUGUUAGAGAUGCGAAGAGGUUCCACCAUUUCAAAGACGGAGCCUGUUCUUGUGGAGAUUACUGGUGA